GGGUCUUGCUUCUUCAACUCGGUUCCGCAAGAGCUAUGACAGGGACGAUCGGUUUGACGGGGCAGGAAAGACGACGUCCAAUGCUAUUCAGCAUCUGUCCCACCGCAGAUUUUGUUUUCCUCAGCCGUUGGUGGCGCCUUAGAGCCUAGAUCUGAGCUUCUCUGUCCUCUUGGAGCCAAGAACAGAGCGAAUCAUUCUAUCUACAGCGAAAUUCAUCCCUAGCUCGUCACCCGACAAACAAACCACCCUAUACCUACGAUCCUGGGGCGCAAACAUAAUGGAGGCUCCAACACAACCACCAGCCAGUGAUGGAGCUGGAGUAGCGAUUGGGGGAAACCAAGUGGACAUUCACAAGCCAUUUACCAAGGCGGAGCGCAUUCAACAGCUGGGCGAAAUUGACAAGGACAUCGCAUCCCUCCUUGUGCACGCCAGCGAAGCAAUGAAAGCCGUCGCCAAAAUCCCCGCGGCGCAACAACCCCCCCCGGGCGCCGCCAACAACAACGAUGACGACGACGGAGCCGCCGACGCCGUCGCCAAUUUCACGGCCGCGCAGACCGAAUUCAUCGACAAGCUCGACCGGAUCGACAAGCUUCUUAAGCGGCAGAUCUACGCGCUCGAGGAGGCGGGCAUCAUCACGCUCCGGACGUCGGCCGAGCCGGCCAUAAUCGAGACCGCGGGCGCGGGCGCCGAGGGGCGUGUUAAGAUCAUCCCCUCGCGCCUCGAGCCCGACGGCAUGGGCAAGUGGGGCAAGUUCGACGUCGGGUUCCUCAACAUGUCUGGCAACACGGUCGAGCGCGACAUGGAAGGCGAGCUGUGGUCCAAGGCCAAGGAGCACCUGGCGGCGGCUGUGGCCGAGAAGACUGCGGACCGCAUGCAAGAGUAACGUUUAAGGACAUGACAGGAGAUCGCAAAAUUACUAGAAGGUAGGUAAGGAAGGUUUUACUACUAAAAGAAAAUGGGGGUUUUUUCGGUGUUACGUUGGGAACGAAACGUAUUGGCUAGGGGCGUUUGUUAGGGUAAUUGGCUUUAUUUGCUGGGAAAAGGUGAAGGUUUGCAUAAAUACCACAGGGGUCUCGCAAACACGAGUAUCGGGUGCCGAUUUGAGGGGCCUGAGAAGGUUGAAAGCCUGUAUGAUAUUGUUAUAUCUUCUCAUCCAUUAGGCCUCGCUAAGCGUGCACGGAGCUGGGUCACGAUUUCUGGCAGAAGCAGCAAAAGAAUAUCAGUGUAUUCUUGUUAAUAGCAGGUAAAAAAAAAGCGAAGAGCGAUAAUGCAUCUAAAUCUGUCCA